AGUGAAUAAAGCGAAAUGUCUGUAAUGGGCUGUCAGUUUCUCUCUCCGCUCGGCGGCAGGCAGAAUAAAAGUUAGAAAGGAACCCGGAAAGCUGCAACUUUCUGUAACUCUACAUCAUUAUCUAUGGGGACAAAGCAAUGUUGUAUAAUGGCUGGGAACGCGAAGGCGACUUUGGUCUGUCUUUCGUUGCUAGAGUGGGCGCGGUUGGGCAGGCCGAUGGCUGCAACGUCAUCAGUCCGCGCCAGGCACCCGUGGGCGGGAGGAUGGCGGCGGGGCUGCAGCUGCUGCGAGCUGAGUGCUGGAGGUCCCUUUGCAGGGAAGGUAGGGCGGGAGGGCGCCCUUGACGCAGCCGCCCCUCUCCCGGGAUGUUCUCCUUCAUUCCUCCCCGGUGCUCCUUGCCGCCCUCUAAACGUCCUCCCCCCCCCAUCCGCCCUGCCCUUUUCAGUCCCCUUGACACACCCUCGUUCGUCGCAAUGGGUGGCGGUGAGGGGAAGGCGCUCUGUGUACGCUCAGAGGCACGCUCGGCCAUAGCUGCAUGAUUUAGAUCUUACUCCUUCAGGAUGCAGUCAGGUCUCUGCAGCAGCUAAAAGAAUAGUAUGCUGCAACAAUAAUAUUUAACGCGUUAUAACUCUCGUAUUUUAACUUAGUAAAAUAGUAUUGUUAUUAAUGAUAUACUCACUGCUUUUUUCUGGGGGGGGGGCGAAUACACCUAAACAUUUUGUGAAUCUUUGUACUUUGGUCCAUUUACUGUAUUAAUUUUUCCCCAUUUGAACUAUAAAAUGGUGAUUUUCUGGAAUCAAAAUGAGAGUACCCCUAAACAUUUUUUUAAAAAGAAAAAAGCACCGGAUAUACUUAAAUCUCAUUAUUAGUAAUACUAAAUAUUAUAUUUUCAGAUUAUUAUUAUUAUUUUUUUACAAAUAAUAAGAAUGCUAAUAAUUUAUUAAGCAACAAGAAGGACCAAGUGGACAGUUCUCCCAGUGAAGGGAUGUACAAAGACGAGUCUCCCGAAGGUCCAAAGCUGUUGUUAUUAUGAAGGCUGUCAUCCCGAUAAAGAAGUCUUCCUUCAUUAAUUGAAGGAGUGUUAGUUAAUGCUUUUUCUAUAAAUUCAUAGAAGGAACUACAUUCUUAAAAUCAACUCCGUUUUUACAAAAUUAUGUGCGAAACAUUGCAACAGGCACUAGCCUUGAGGGUGUUUCUCUUUUGCUGCUCAGAGGGAAAUGCUUCUUUUAAGAACACCUUUUCCACCUGCAGUUUUUAUAAUUAGUAAUAAUAAUUUAAUUCCCUGGAAAACCCCUUCCAAUUUAAAGUGAUUUUAUGUCCUUUUUAGUUGAUUUAAUUGAAAGACUAACAUCACAGCUGUACUUAUUACUAAGUAGUAAAAACUUCCUGGCUGCCCUCCUCCCUCCCCAUUGUUAGUGAAUAGUGACAGGAUUCUUGUUCUGACUUUUUUCUGAUAAAUAAAAUGUGUGUUUUUACAGGUGGAAGAAGAAGAUGGCAUUUGUCAUCCUUGCACUCACCUUACAGAUGCUGUAGUACUGGAACGACUUAUGAAAACAUCAAUAAGCCAGUUGUUGACCGUAUAAUCAGAGUGGAUCAUGCUGGGGAAUAUGGGGCGAACCGCAUUUAUGCAGGACAAAUGGCAGUGCUGGGGAGAACUUCAGUAGGACCAGUUAUAAGGGUGACUAUUUCUAACCUAUACCUGUAUCUUUUUCUCCAAUGCUUCUUGUGCUUUAAUUAAUAAUUUAUACAAUUUAUUGCCCGCUGUUCUUCACCCUAAGGUCCCAGGGUGGGUUACAGUAAUUAAAACAGAACAUUAAUAUUAAAAUACAAUAUGAAAAAAUGUAAAUGAAGGCCACCAGAUAUUAUGAAUACAACAAUUCUGAUUGCACACCACUUAGAAUCUAUAGUAUUUAGUAACACACCUGCUCACUCUUGACUUUUGAUACGAUGCAUAUUUUUAAGACCCACUAAAUUUUUGUAAUUUUAAGUUGUUUCAAACUGUUUUUCCUAUCUGUUUUGAUCCUGAUAUGGAGGGUUCCUCAACCCAUUGUUUGCCAAUUCAGACAUAACUGCAAACAGUGGUUUGGUUGUGAGGCAGGCAUGUGAGGAAAGGAGGAUGCUUAUGGUCAUGGGCUUUAUUCUCAGUCCUCCAAACCAUGGUUUAGAGUACAGUGGUACCUUGGUUGCCAGACUUAAUCCAUUCUAGGAGUCCAUUCGACUCCUGGAACCGUUCGAAAACCAAGGCGUGGCUUCCGAUUGGCUGCAGGAGCUUCCUGCACUCAAGCGGAAGCCGUGUUGGAUGCUUGGCUUCCAAAAAACGUUCGCAAACUGGAACACUUGCUUCCAGAUUUGCGGCAUUCGGGAGCCAAUUUGUUCAGGAGCCAAGCCGUUCGACAACCAAGGUACCAGUGUAUUGGAGAAGUUGCAUCAGAAUGCAACAAUAAUGAAAUAGUGUUGAAAAUGACAGCAGCGCUCUUAAAUCUAUAAUGUAUCCUGAAGGCUGAUACUGGGGAAGAUUUUCCUUCCAUGUUACUGCAGAUGUCUUGCUGAAUGCCAUUUUUUUAAUGCAGAAAAUGUGGGAUCAGGAAAAGGACCAUUUGAAAAAGUUCAAUGAGUUAAUGAUCUUGUACAGAGUCCGGCCAACCAUUCUGUUGCCUUUCUGGAACAUUGCGGGAUAUAUGUUAGGUGAGGCUAAACCUUUUCCCUCUUUCACGUUUUCUUCUUCAUUUUUAAUUCAUAUACAUAUAUGGGGCACACGUUUUAUUUCAAUGACUCUGCAACAGGUGCUGGAACUGCCUUGCUUGGAAGAAAAGGUGCAAUGGCUUGCACUGUGGCUGUAGAGGAGAGCAUAUCUCACCAUUAUAACAACCAGAUCAGGACACUUGUGGAAGAGGAUCCAGAAAAAUACAAAGAAUUAUUAGAGGUGUGUUUUAAUCCAUGGUUGUCUAGUUUUACAGUUAAAGCUCCAAGGGCUCAAGUGUAAAAUAGGCAUUUUUAAAACAAACAUUUGGGCUAACUUUUGAAGGGUGACGGGAGGGUCACAAAAUCCGGUGAGUUCCGGCUGGAAAAAAAGCCCUGGUGCUGAGAGCUGUUAGGAGAUUCCCAUUUCCUUCACAAAGUUACAGUUCCUUGAGUGGUUUGACAGUCAAUCCCUCUUUCCCAGGGAACUCUGGGAAUUGUAGCUCUGUGAGGGGAAGAGCAGUCUCCUAACAACUCAUGGCACAAUCAGCAAACUACAGUUCCCAGAUUCUUUGGGGGAAGCCAUGACCUUUUAAAGUGGUAUGGUGCUGUUUUAAAUGUGUAGUUCAGAUGGGGCCUUACUUAUGUUCAUUAGCUUCAGUGGGUCUACUCUUGAGUUGGGCUUACGGGCUACAACCCUGGGUGUUCUGGCAUCUCUGUUGACUUGCAUGUAAGCCAGUCAGCUAUUCAUCUGGUAUGUUUUUGUUUUUAAACAAGGUAAUAAAGAAAUUCAGGGAUGAGGAGAUGGAGCAUCACGACAUUGGACUUGAUCAUGACGCAGAACUGGUAGGUGCCAAUCGUUAACUCCCCAGGCUUUCCAUCAUGGCUGGUUUUAGCACCUGGAAUCCAUGUUAGUGGAUGGUUCCUCAUCACCCCGGCAUGGCUCACCACAGAUGGCAGUCCUGGGUCCACACAUGGAUAAAUAACUGGGGCUGUGAGCCACCCAAUGUUUUAAUUACCCCCAAGGUAGCAUCGCUCCAGGUUACUCUCAGAAAUUUUAACAGAAAGGCCACCAUUUAAAUUCCCCAGAAUGCCAUUGAAUCAUGCUUAUGUUGAGGCCAAUGUUAACUUUUAAAUGGAGGACAGGUCUUGCCUCUCCCCAGUGAAGCCCCCAAGACUGCAGGGAGUUUCCCAGAGGGCACUUUGAUUGGGUUUCGGUUUGCAAACCUGGAUCUGAAUCUAUUAAUGAUUUCAGCGCAGUGAUGUCAAAUACGGAAACUAGGUCUGGCUAGUGGACCAAUGGACCAAUGGUUUAACUCUAUAUAAGGCGGUUUCAUAACUACCGUAUUUUUCUGUCUAUAGGACGCCCCCAUGUAUAAGGACCCCCCUUAUUUUGGGGGGACUCAAUUUUAAGAAACUGAGGGGAGAUGGCCCAAAGUUGUGGAGCCUCUCCCUGCAGGCAGCUGCGGGUAGGAAGCAUUCCCUAGAUCGUUUCCUGCCUGCAGUGGCAUCGGGGGAAGUUGUGCUCCUGCCAACAAGCUGGCUGGUGGUGUGAAGUUUCUCCUCCCCCCACGCAGCUGCGGGCAGGACCCCCCCCCAGAUCAAGCGCCAUUGGGGGAAGCCGUACUCCUGUCAACCAAAUGGCUGGCGCGCCCUGCUUCUCCCCCCCCCAAGCCACUAUCCGUGUAUUGGACGAUCCCAGUUUUUUGACGUAAUUUUUGAGUCAAAAAACCUCGUCCAAUACACGGAAAAAUACGGUACUUAGUAUAUGGUCUCUUGGGUGACAGUUUUGGAGUUUCUACGGUGGCACAAGACUGAAUUAUUCAAACUAAGCUACAAAGUAUAUUAAAUGUCCCCUCUCUCUCUCUCUCUUCUAUAGGCUCCAGCGUAUUCCAUUUUGAAGAAUGCUAUACAAAUGGGAUGUAAAGCUGCAAUUUUUUUAUCGGAAAGAAUAUAGAGAAGUUUUGUGCAAUAGUAUAAUAACAGUUUUGAAUAAAUGGAUUAUUAUAGCAUCAUUCAAAUAAUAUAAAAGUAAAAUCACACAGUGGUGCAUCUUUUUUCUUCCUGUUCUGUUCAUACAAGCUAUCUUCUAGUGCUUAUAGCAGCACCAAAAAACAAACAAACCCUAGGGUUGAUGGGAUGGCAUGAUACCUUGAGUAAAUAAUUAUAGUUUGAUCUUUCACUUGGUAAGAAUAAUAAUUAUAUCUACACAUAAGAUAGGUAACUGCAUUUUAAAUGUAAGUGAAAAGAAGGUGUAAACAUUCACAGCAUAUAUGUGGUAGUAUAGAAUACACGUACCAUUGUAGCGAUCUAGAUCCUUAUCAGGAUCAGAUUCGACUUGUCAAAAUCCCUUUUCCCUCUGGUUGUAAAAGGGAAGCAGGAGAAGGCUUCCAAAAGCUUUUGCAGAUCCAGCCCCCUCCCCACUACUUAAGAUCAGGGACUUAAAGUGUGGAGACUUGCAGAGGCUUUUGCAAGCCUCCUCCCUCUUUCCUUUUAAGUUCCUGGUUCUUAAAAGGGAAGAUGGAAGCAGCUUUCAGAACUUUGUGAGUUUCCCCCAUCCCCCUUACAUCUCCAGUCCUGUACCAAUCUCAUUCCAGUCUUUAAUCAGCUGAUGAAUGAGCAGAAAUUGAAUUCUGCUUCCCAGGCUACAUAAACAGACAGUGCAUCCAAUGGAGGAUUAAAUUGGGUUGGCCUGCCCAUCAGCUGAUGUCACCGGUGAUGUCAGUUGAUGGAUGGGUGUGGUUUGAGGGGGGCCAAUAGCCCAUGUGCUUGAGGCUCCUCACCCCUGCAAUAGUUGGAGGGAAAUAAAACAAGCAUUGCUUCCUACUAUGAUGUCAACUAUUCAUGUUGGCUACAUUUGAUUGAAAUUAAGUCUCAUUGAAACCAGCGCUGAGGAAUCAGGUUUAGGAUUGAGGUG